AUUGAAGAACCGUUUUUUGGAAAUUACGAUCAGUAGUGAACAAACAUCAGUGGAACAUACAUAAGUUAGCAAAAAUGCUGCUGAGGUUUCUGUUGACUUGCUGUGCUUGUGUCUACGCAGCGACAGCGAGCAAACACGACGCCUACAGGAGUUACUCCGUCCACACCAUCCAAGUAAGACACGCCGAUGACCUUCAACUAAUACAAGAUCUCCAAUUUGACUUGGAUCUCGAUAUCUGGCAGUAUGGCAUGGCUGGCCAGAGGGACGCGGAGGUGAUGGUCUCACCAGAGAAAGCCCGUGAGUUCCUCUCCGCUUUAGACGAGAAUGGAUUAACGCACUCUAUUCUUAUUGCUGACGUUGCCAAAUCGCUAGAAGACCACGAGAAUGACAUCGCAGCACACAGAAGCAGCAGAAAAAACAGAAUGAUCUUCAACGACUAUCCGCGAUAUGCUGAGGUAGAUUCAUACAUGGAGAGGAUGGCAGCUACCUACCCCAACUUGGUUACGAUAGUGAAUGCUGGACCCAGUUUCGAAGGCCGUGCAAUUAAAUAUUUGAAGAUUUCAACAACAAACUUCACGGACGCGAGCAAGCCGAUCUACUUCAUGGACGCGAUGAUGCACGCGCGCGAGUGGGUGACCACACCCGUGGCGCUGUACUCCAUCCACCGUCUGUUGGAGAACAGGCGGCCCGAAGACCAGGACCUGCUCGACGACAUCGACUGGAUCAUCCUGCCCAUCGUCAACCCUGAUGGAUACGAAUUCUCACAUACUGAUAACCGCCUCUGGCGCAAGACUCGCUCCGUGAACCUGAACGUUAGCACCGAGUGCAUCGGCGUCGACGCCAACAGGAACUUCGACAUCGAGUUUAACACCACCGGUGUCUCCACCAACCCUUGCUCCAAUUUGUUCCCUGGACCUUACGCUUUCUCCGAGGUUGAAACUCAAUACGUUCGCGACAUUUUAUUAGAAUAUCUUCCCCGGAUCCAGCUGUACAACGACAUCCACAGUCAUGGGAACUACGUUCUGUUUUGCUAUGCGAAUAAAACUCUGCCACCAAAUGCAGCUCAUAUCCACCAUAUAGGAGCUGCCAUGGGUGCUAUUAUGGACUCCAUAAAACUUCCACAAGCUAGGUUUUAUUUAGUUGGAAACAGUGGGUUGGUGCUGUAUCCUACGUCUGGAAGUGCUGACGACUAUGCACAGGUGGUUGGCGUCCCGUUCUCUUAUACGAUGGAGUUGCCAGGUUACGGGUACGAGUUCAUGGUGCCGCCGUCGUACAUGGACCACAUGGUGAAGGAGACGUGGGAAGGCAUCGCCGUCUCGGCGCGGCUGGCCAGGAUCCACUACAGAAGACGGUUUAACUAAAUCCGUCUUAUUGAAGUCUUUUUUUGAAAUUUUUGUAAUAAAAUUAAAAAGGAA